AUGGAGGAACUUUUGAUUAAAGCCAAGCUUUUAGCAGCACUUACAGAUUAUAAUCAUGGAAAGUACAAAACUUCUUUUGAAAAUUUUGAAAAGGUAUCUAAAAAUACAAUAAAUACACAAUAUAAAAAUAGUGCAAAAUAUUAUUUGGCAUUGCAGUAUAAAAAUGGGAAAUACAUUUUAAAUGAUAAUAAAGCCCAUGAUCUCUUUAAUCAAGUUGCACAAAGUGAUUCAACAUAUAAAGAUGAUGCAAAAUAUAUAUUGGCACUGCUUUAUAAAAAGGCUAAAAGUGAUGAUCGUAAAGCCUUUGAUCUCUUCAAACAAGUUGCAGAAAGUGAUUCAACAUAUGAAGAUAAUGCAAAAUAUAUGUUAGCAAAAUGCUAUGAAUCAGGGCUAGGUGUUGGAAAAGACUAUGAAAUGGCUUAUAAAAAAUAUUUAAAUCUUUUAAAAAGUAAUGAUUUUGAAAAAG